GCGCCCGCGAGGAUCGUUGGCGGACGUUGGCGGGAGGCGGACGCCAAUUCGGCCGCUGCCCUCGUGGCGAGGAGUGGCUGUGGUUCAUUCCAUGCUGUCGGGGCGCCAGCCCCGCGUCUCUCUCGAUGCCACCAUUUCUUCGCUUCUUGGCUUCUCCUCGCGCGCUGUCGUCGUUGCUCCUUCCGAUCGAGCGAGGGAGCGAGAGGUGUCUGACGUUUGGGGGCGAGGCUCGAUUUCGAUUGUGGGCGACGAGAGGUUUCUUUUGUUUGGAAAGGAAUGCGCUCGAUGGGAAUGCCAGGUAUCCAGCUGGAAUGAAUGAAUUUUUAAAACCGGGCCGCACUCGCGUGGGUUCAGGGAUGAUACGAAUUGGACACAAGUGGGACAGCCAGGUGAUGGUCAUCUGAUAGAUUAUCAUCUGAGAGAUCAGCUGAAAUAAGGAGCGAGUACCAUGGCUGUGCUUUCGCAAGUCAGCUUUCUCCCAUGCCAUGUACGAGCACACAGUUUUGGAGUGAACGCCCAAAAUGAGCUGUUUGAAUGUGAAUCAAAGAGUGGAACGCAGACGAGAUUGGGAUCAUCGAUUUUUGGAGUCAAAACGGUGCAACUUAAGGUAGAUCAGUUACGAGUCCGUGGACCAACCCACAGAAACAAGGCCAGCACCACCAUGAUGACGCUGAUUGAAGAGAGACCCUUAAUGCCUAAGCUCCAACCGGAGAGAGGAGUGCCGAAGUCACUGGCAUAUGAGUUGGUCCAAGGUCCUCUGGUGCGGUGGUCCGAGGUGAGGGACAAGUCACAUCCUGAAACACCAACCGCCGUUCUGGCUCAUGGCAUUCUGGGUGGACGUCGCAAUUUUUCUUCUUUUGCUCGAAGACUUGCUCAAGAAUUCCCAAACUGGCAGUUUUUACUGGUUGAUCUCCGUGGUCAUGGAGAAUCUACAGCUUUGCCCAAAAGGGGACCGCACACAGUAGAAGCUGCAGCGCGGGAUGUAUUGCAACUGGUUGGGCAACUGAAGUUGACUCCUCGUAUUCUAAUUGGACACAGCUUUGGAGGCAAAGUUGUGAUGAGUAUGGCAGAUCAGGCGAAGAAACCUCUUGCGCGACCUGUUCGGGUUUGGGUCCUAGAUGCAACGCCAGGAAAGGUUCGUGCUGGAGGAGAUGGUGAAGAUCAUCCUGCUGAACUUAUCGCAGUUCUUCGAGAACUGCCAGCUGUGGUACCUACAAGAAGAACUGUUAUAGAGGCCCUGUCAAGUAAGGGAUUUUCCCCAAGCAUUGCUCAGUGGAUGACCACCAAUCUGCGGCCUGCCGAAGGCUCUGACGGGUUUUCUUGGGUCUUUGACCUUGACACGAUCGCGGAUAUGUAUAAAUCCUACGAAUCUACGAAUCUCUGGCCAAUGGUUGAGGGUGUUCCAGAGGGAGUGCACAUUGACUUCUUAAGAGCUGAGAGGAGUUUACACAGAUGGCACCGUGAUGAUGUGCAGCGCAUUCGUCUUGCAGAAAGAAUAGCCUCGAGAGAAGGCGCUGGGGUGCAGAUGCAUAUCCUCGAAGAUGCCGGUCACUGGGUUCAUACGGAUAAUCCAGAUGGACUGUUCAGAAUAUUGGCUCCCUCUUUCAAUGGAUUAUACCAAUCUGCCCAUUAGAAACAGACAUAACACGUGCAUACUGAUAUUCAGAUCUCUGCCAAAUUCUUUUGCUAAUUCAUAGUACUUCAUCAGCAAUUUAUUCGUGUCUUGAACAUUCACUGGAGAAGAUUUCAGAGAAACUCAUAGACAACGGGACAUUUGUAGUCAUAUUCGAUUUGUUGCUCCAGCUGUCCACAAUUUGUACCAUGUAAACCUCCAGGAGAUGAUUGGACUUCUGCCGCGCAUGCAAUUAUGGAAGUAAAUUGAUCGACGUGUAUCGUCGAGCUUCAUCUCAAUCUUCGUGAUAUAGUGCCUUUAUCGAAUGCAUGACAGCUUUGAUAUCAUGCAUCGGAUGUACACAAGACCAACGUAUUUAAACAAAUGGAAGAGCAUUAUAUCCUUUUGUUUCAGCUUUUCAUGCAAAAUACAA